AUGGCAAUGUCCGGUGCGGAGUGGGAGUACGAGUGGAGUCCAGAGAAGAAGCGCUACUACUACUUGGACAAGGUGUCCGGCAGAUCUAGCUGGAGCAGACCGGCCGGCUGUUCAAUCGACUUGCCGGACCUACCACCUCAGGAGGACGAAUCGAUAGAGCCUCCGCCAAAGCCUACGGACCUGCCUCACGGCUGGCGAGCCGUGCUGGACCGGCGACCGCAGGUGAACCGGUACUUCUACUACAAGGUAUCGAAGCCUCAGGAAAGAACCUGGUACAAGCCACUCCCACAGUUGGAGCCAGAUCCGGAUGAAGAAGGCCACGUUCAUCGGGUCAACAGCGGAAAUGCUGAUGCAGCCAACAAGACCCGGCGCUUCCAAAUGUUCAAGCGCCCGCUGCAGCACAUAAGAGCAGAGAGAAUGGAAACUCACAAGCUGAAGAUGAUCUCCGAUCUCGUGGAGGAGAUCUGGAGGGCAAACCAGGAUCUUCUGGCGCGAAGCGAUCACAUCUCCGUCCCAGUGUCGCGCAAAGUCCACUACAAAGAAGUCCAUCAGGCGCUUCAUGACAAGACCGUGCAGUCGUUUGACCAUGCGCCGAAGGUCACCUUCGCCGAGGCCAGUCUAGCCUCUGCAGCCAAGCUCUUCCACGAACAGGACAAAAGCCGAAAGAUUUGUGUGGUGAACUGCACAUCGGGCGAGUUCCCUCCCGUGACGCAUCUACUCAGCCUGGAGACGGAGAUGUAUUGUCAAACUCCGAACUUGCUGCCAUCUUUGCAACGAGCAAAGCCCCAAGUGCUGAGCCCAUUUGGACCAAAAGCCUGUGCGAAGAACGACAUGAGUAGUUUCAGUGAUGUGAUCUAUUCCCCUGAGUGCAUCAUUGGCCGGGGUGGCAUCGUUGAGGAGUUCGAGCUAUAUCCAGAGGACAGGCAAGCCGUAAUUCCGGUUCUCAGCUCUGCUGCGCCUUUGACAGAGGACCAGUUGCAAUAUAAGGACAAGGCUCAAGAGGAGCGGCUGUUGCAGGAAACACUGACGUCCAUUUUCGUGACGCCCGUUCUUCGCAAUCCGCACACGACGACUCUCAUUUUAGGAGCUUGGGGCUGUGAAAAACACUUGAGCCCCGAGCCGACUUUGGUGGCCACAAAGUUGGCCGAGCUUCUGAGUGGCAAGCUUGUCGAGAACGUGAGAGUUGGCUGGCUUUACAACGAAGUGCACUUCUGCUUCCCGGAACAUGUCUCCGGAAUUUCUGAUGGCAGUGCCCAUGACGAUGCCGACUUGGAAAUUUUCCGACGCGUUUUCGACCAAUUCAAGAUCAACCAUAACGAGUUGUAG